AUGCAAGAAAUUUACGUUCCUACUGGUGAAGAUCAUCAAAAAAUCAAGUUAACGCUUGUGAAAGCGUCACAGCAAAUUUCGGAUGUGGUCAAAUACUUGCAUGGGAUCCAAGACACAUUUUCCGUUGAACUCGGAAGUUGUGAAACGAUUACCGAAAAUCUGAAGAUCCGCUGUGUGUCACAUCAACUUUGUAACAAGUGCCCGUUCUAUAUCGUGGAAUUUGACGACGUCACCCACAGCUAUGCGUUGUGGAAAUCUGGGGGCGAAUGGAAGUUGGGCGACGUGCUCGCGUCGUUGUAUGCAGCACAAUCGAACAAAAAGCAGGAUAUAAGCAGCCUAACGCCGGAGCUUCGUGCCAAACUGGAUCCCAGACACAAUUUUGAUCUCAUAAUGAACUCCCUUGGAAAGCUCAGCGUUCGGUGGGAGUCUCUGGAUAUCGACAAGUUCAUUAGUGAACUCGACCGCAUAGUCACUAAAGAAGUAGAUUCCACAUGUGAUGCAACGUUCUCCGAGGCUUUAUCCCCUCUACAUUAUAAAAGUUUGAUUACUAUGGCCGUAUUGAAGACCAAAGUAGAAAAAAGCAAAACGCAGCUACAGCAGGACUUAGCGCUUUACAACAGAAAUAUGUCUCAGAAAGAAGAUCAAGAACCACAGCGCUCAGACACAGAUACUCGAGAAUCAUCCGUACCUGCCUCAUCGAGACCUUCUCCGGGCAGCGAUUACGUUCUCUCCUCUGACCAAUUAACCGCUAACUUCCAACAGCAUUUCAAGUAUUUGGCAGAAAGUUUUGAAACUUUCGAUGUGAAGAAAAAUUUACCAAGAACUGUCAAAGCAUGGAAGGUCGGAAAAAUUACCAGGAAUGGAAAGGAAGCUUCCAAAAAAGUUAUUGCAUGA